AUGAUAAGAUCAGCCGUACUAAGAAUAGGGAAACGUUCCCUUAGUUCGAAGACUACUGUCAUAACAACUCCUAUUUUUUAUGUCAACGCCAAGCCCCAUAUCGGACAUUACUACUCAAUGACUCUCGCGGACGUCUACAACAGAUGGCUCAAAUUAAGUGGAGAGUCAACUUUUUUCACAACAGGCACGGACGAACAUGGUCUCAAGGUCCAAACAGCAGCUUCCAUUGCUGGACUAGAUCCAAAAACCUUUUGUGAUGGACUCUCCCAGAAAUUCAGAGACCUGGCUUCCGUAGGAAAUAUACAGCACGAUAGAUUCAUUAGAACCACAGAUCCCGAUCACCUGGAGGCCGUGCAAUUUUUCUGGAAAACCCUGGAGGAGAAAGGACACAUAUACAAGGGCAAACAUAGCGGAUGGUACUCGGUUUCCGACGAGUGCUUCUAUUCAGAGACCGAGAUCGAGGAGGUGGACGGGAAAAUGGUCGCCAAGGAGACAGGCGCGGCCGUUGUGUACGAGACCGAGGAAAACUACUUCUUCCGCUUGCGCGAGCACCAGCAGCGGCUUGUCCAGUUCCUCGAAGCCAACCCAACAUUCUUCGCGGGUGAGCUGGGGCAUCAGCGUCCCUGA